UAAAAGGGCAAUUCUCAUUCCCCCUAAUUCACAUACUUUGACCAAAAUGCCUUAAUCUUAUCCACUCUAAACAACUAAUUAAUCAUUAUCUUUCCUAUUAGGUAAACCCCAUUUUUGUCAUUUUACCCUAACUUAUCCUACACCCACACUUCUCAAAAGGGCAAUCUAGUAACUUCAUCAUUCCCACUUUUUUUCAUUAAAAAAAUUAAUUUUCCAAUAUUUUAUCAACAUUUAACAAUACUACAUACAAUAAGGUCCACUAUUAUUAACGGGACCACCACGAAGCAAUAGUGUUUUGUUUUCAUACUUUACCCUUUUUAUUUCUUUAUAUUUUAUUAUUAUUUUUAAUUUUUGCUUUUGGAAUAUAUUUUCCUUUUUCUUAAUUAUUUAAUAAAAAAGAUAAAUGAAUUCUCUCGUUUCUUCUCCUAUAGUUUCUUCUGCGAAAUUUAUGCCCACCUCCAUUUAGACUUGUUUUUCUCUCCUCCCUCCUAUUUUUCUCUCUCCUCUUCUGUUUCUUUUCAACAUAAUUUGCUACAUUGUUCAUGAUCCGAAUUCUGUCUCCUCUGAAUUUUCCUUUUUCUUUUGCUGCAAUUUGUCAACAUUCUUGCUGAAAUUUAUGCGGCGUUUUCUUCACUCUCUUAACUCUCAAACAAAACUCAAAAGUCAGAUCUCUCACUCAGCACUCGUCGCCUCCUCUCCGUUCGUCGCAGAUCUUCUCAGUCGUCGGCGGUCGGUCGUCGCUUCUUCUCAGUCGUCGGUCGUCACCUCCUCAAAGUCGUGGGCUUUUCGCCUCCUCUCAGACUCUCAGUGGUCGCCUCCUCUCGGUCGUCGCCGUCGGUCGUCGCGUCGUCGGAGUCUCAGAGAAAAUCAGAAAAAUGAUGAGUUACUGAGUUUCUGUAAUUUCGUGAAUGAUUCCUUAAUUUUCUUAGGGUUUAGCCGUUUAGGCCUUUAGAAUUAGGGUUAACUUUCUUUCUCUUUCCUCUAAUCCUCUCUAAUGGCAGUUUGAACUUUGAAUAAACCGGUCGAGUGCUCCGACGCCGAGCCUCCGACAGGGCGACAAGCAGUUCACAGAAUCACAGUUGUUCAGGUGUCCCACAUGGGAAAGAUUAGAAGUAAAUGGAAACGAAAUUUAUUGAGUGGAUUAAUUUGUUUUCUUUAAAGUGAACCAAAUUUUGCUUAAGCAACUUUUAAUUUUCCUGCUGGUGGGUUUUAGAUGGUACCAGUUGAAUGUAGCAGCUCGUAGCGGCUGAAACUAAGCAUGUUGAUAGAUUUUUGUUGGAUUUUGUAAAUCUGUACGAUGAGAAGCAUGUCUUCAACAAAUUUUUUCAUCUUGUGAUGCAAUUGAACAUUAACCUUCAUCAACAAGCAACUGAUAAAGACUUUGUUUCUAAAGAAACCUAUGUUUGGAGGUUAUUAGAGGUCCACUGAUAUUUCUGAUCGGAGUGUGAUCGAAAUAGUACAUAAUGGACAGAUAUAAACUUUUGAAGGAGCUUGGAGAUGGAACUUGUGGAACUGUAUAUAAGGCUGUCAAUAGGGAGAGUUAUGAGAUUGUUGCUGUCAAGAAAAUGAAAAGGAAGUUCUAUUUUUGGGAAGAAUGUGUAAACUUGAGGGAAGUAAAGUCUCUGCGUCGAUUGAGUCAUCCCAACAUCAUAAAGCUGAAAGAAGUUGUGAGAGAGAAUAAUGAUUUGUUCUUCAUAUUUGAAUAUAUGCAAUACAAUCUAUAUCAAAUAAUGAAGGACCGACAGAGACCAUUUACUGAAGAAGAGAUAAGAAACUUUUUGACCCAGGUCCUUGAGGGACUUGCACACAUGCAUAGGAAUGGAUACUUUCAUCGGGAUCUAAAACCUGAGAAUCUUCUGGUGACCAAUGAUGUGAUCAAAAUUGCUGAUUUUGGACUAGCCAGAGAAGUUUCAUCAAUGCCUCCAUAUACUGAAUAUGUUUCAACACGUUGGUACCGGGCCCCCGAAGUUCUGUUGAAGUCUUCAUUGUAUACCCCUGCAAUUGAUAUGUGGGCAGUUGGUGCAGUACUUGCUGAACUCUUCACCUUGUGUCCAAUUUUCCCUGGAGAGAGUGAAACAGAUCAGAUAUACAAAAUAUGCUGUGUACUUGGUGCUCCAGAUUGGGCUGUGUUUCCUGAAGCUAAGAACAUCACUCAACUAAUCAGUAUAAGUUAUUCAGAGAUGUUGCCUGCAAAUCUGUCGGAAAUUAUCCCAAAUGCUAAUGGGGAAGCUAUUGAUCUAAUCAGCCAACUGUGUUCUUGGGAUCCACUUAAGAGACCAACAGCAGAACAGGCACUACAUCAUCCAUUCUUCCAUGUUGCUUUGCGGGUGCCUCGUCCCAUUCAUGAUCCCUUUCAUAGUAAGCCAGAUUAUACAAAAACAAAGCCAAACCUUGAGCUGAACUUGUGGGACUUUGACAGCAAGGCAGAUGAUUGUUUCCUCGGCCUGACAUUGGCUGUGAACCCUGGCGUAUCUAGUUUAGAGAUGGGACCUCAUGUAUCUGGAAGCACACGGCAGGAUGUAUAUUUCUGCUCUAGUUUCCAGGAUCAUCCAGAGCAGUCAGUUUUCUGGUCGCUUUUUUCACCUUGCCGAAAUGGGGCGACUCCUCCAGUUGAUCCGUCCUUGUCACUGUCAUUCAGUUCAAUUACGCAUCCUCCAAUUGCAGUUCCUCAUUCAGGAGGUUUCGGCCUUGCAGCUUUGCAGCCAGGUAUUUUAGAUGGCCCAUUAUUGGCUGUUUCCUCCCCCCACCAGCCGAGUCAUUACCUCUGAUUGACUCUUAACGUCUUUUUUCUUUUUUUCAAUGUGGAGGGAGCAUAGAGAUGUAAUUAUUUCAUUUAUUUUCCUUCUCCAACACUAAAAUAAUUAUGUUAGGGAUCACAGUGAUUAUGCUCCUUGGAGCGAUUUGUGAAUAUAUUAUAGCUGUUUAUGUAAAGAGUAUAUUUUUUGUCC